AAGGCAUUAUGACGAAGGUAACGAUGGCAAAGUCCCAUCUGAUGGGUCUAGUAGGGGACGAGGACACGUGCACUGCAUUCCUACUGGGAGGUAUUGGGGAACUGAACGACAAGCGAGAACCUAAUUUCCUUGUUGUGAAGAAAGAUACUACUAUUGGAGACAUAGAGUCCCAUUUGAAGAGACUACUCGCUAGAAAAGACAUCGGAAUUGUUCUUAUUAACCAGCACAUUGCGAACGAUGUGAGACACAUCAUGGAGGCACACACAGCCGCAAUUCCGGCACUCCUGGAAAUACCAUCCAAAGAGCACCCUUAUGAUCCCGCUAAAGACUCAAUAUUGAAACGAGCCAAGGGUAUGUUCAAUAUCGACGAUAUGCGAUAAAAGGUAGUGAGAUCCAAGUUAGCCUGAAUGAGAUAUUGUACAAAGAACAGACUUUAAUUGUGCAUUUAAGAGACUCAAAAACAAUAUUAUCAAUCAAUUCUCGAAUAUUCUAAAAUCCAUUUGGGUGCUGUUUAUUAUUCUUAAGUUAAUUUCUGAUUAAUUUCCAAUGUUUAGAUCUAUAAAAAGUGUUGAAGCAGCUGGUCUGCCUAUUUUUGUAGCUUGUAUGUUAAUUUCAAUUGAUUUCCUUACUUCAGCAAUACAA